AUGGUGAAUACAAGAAAUAAACGAUAUUCUCAGGGCGAGGGGGGACAGCGGGCUGGUCCCCUUCGGAAUCGUCCAAAUCCGCAGCCUGUCGAGGGUGUCAGCAUGGCGGGUGAUGCUGCCCCGAGAUCUACACUCACCCAAACGCAAGAAAUAGGACAUCCUCCAUCUUCAAGUGCUGAACCGGACACACCUGUUCCCACCGAAGAUGGUACGAACCCAACGGUACGUCGCAAGAAAUGGACCAACGCCGAAAACAGUGAAAUCAUGCGACUGUACUAUAAAGUUACUAACCUGGAGACGGACUUUACAAUGUACCGUGGCAAAUUGUAUGCACAAUUUAUAAAGGUUUUCCCAAACCUUAAACACUUAAGUGAGCAACGCAUCGCAGAUCAACGCAGGACCAUAGUAAGUAGGAAUCUUCUUUCUCAAGAGACACUGGCCAGAAUCAAGGAACAAAUAAGACUAGAAAUCAACCCAGAAACAACUAUUGACAUACCGCCACAACCACCGCAGAGCGAAAGCAUACGUGAAGCUGAGACAGAGACUGCACUACCGACAGAGAUUACACUACCUACCGAACAAACCCAAUUGGAUUAUCUAUACGAAUCAAACCUAAUUAAGUUUUAUGGCUCCAAUCCCAACCUCAGACCAUCACUUCCGAAAAUAAAAUACACAGCACAAACAACAACAAUCAUCGAGAGAGUUAACGCUAUCCUAUGUGAUAAACUGAAAACCAGUUUCAAUUUAGAAGAAAUACAUGUACAUAUAUACUGUGCGGCCCUAACUUGUCUUACACAAAAUGGUCAAGAUGUAGCCCAACGUCCUAAGGAAAAUAAGAAACCUAUACCACCCUGGGAAAAAAGAAUGUCUGACAAAAUCAGCAGAUUACGUAGAGACAUAGGUCGCAUGCAACAACUUUCUAAAGGAAACGAUAGUGAAACCCUUUUAAAGAAGAUAUCAGAAGACAUAACGACUAGAUUCCGUCAACUAAGCGGCCAAACCCAGAAAGACUUUGUUAUCGAUACUCUAGACUCAUUAAAACAACAGCUAGCAGUACAUACAGACAAACUCAAACGGUACAAACGAAGCCACCUACGACGGAUGCACAACGCCCAAUUCACCCAAAACGAGAGGUGCUUCUACCGCAACCUUGGAAAUAAGGCAAAUAAAGAAAACCCCCAACAUCCAAAUGCCAUAGACUCAAACCAACUAAAUCAAUACUGGAACAACAUCUGGUCGUCUCAAGGAGAGCAUCAAAUAAAUGCCGCAUGGAUAAACCAGGAGCGUGAAAAACAUCAGAACGUAAGAAUGGAAGACACAAUAAUUACCUUGCGCGACGUUGAAAGUGCAAUAAAAAAAUUACCUAAUUGGAGAAGUCCAGGGCAUGACGGAAUUCACAACUUUUGGCUCAAGAAAUUUUCCGCUACUUACAACCACCUAGCGAGAGAAUUUACUGAAACUUUGAUUGACCCCAAUAAAAUGCCCGUCUUUCUAACGGAGGGAAUUACUCACCUUCUACCAAAAACAAAAAACCCAGAUAAUCCUUCCCAAUAUCGACCCAUCACCUGCCUUCCAUCAAUUUAUAGGAUAUUUUCAAGCUGCAUUAGCAGUAAAAUAUAUACCUACCUGGUCACCAAUAACAUCCUACAUGAAGAGCAAAAAGGUUGCAAAAGCAGGGCAAUGGGCUCUAAGGAACAGCUUGUAAUGGACUCGGUGGUUUUGUAG